UACUUUGUUCGUAAUUGGAGCACAACACCUACUUGGGCGUGUGCGAUUGUUAUUCUGAUUUCUAAGCACUGUGUUCCCGUUGAUUUUAGAUAACUCUUCUCUUUAAAAUACUACCUGAAAGUAUUUGACACAUCGCAGGUCACUACCUUUCCAAAAUAUACAUAACACAAUAGCCCCUACAAUAAUGAUAUGAUGGGGUCAGAAGUGGAAAUAGUCCACAGAGCUUGCACAGUUUCAUGUACAAUUUCUCAAAAAUAAGCAGACCAAGCAAAAAGAACUGGAUAACUCCCAGAUCCUUAAGUAGCAAAAUAACUUCUACCCAAACACAAGUACCAGGCAAUGACCAUCUCCAUCAGGAUAGAAUCUAACCAAUUAUGUUACCAUCAAUGAAUCAACCACCAUCAACUUUGUAAUUACUGACCAAAAACAGACCAGACUGACUACAGAAAUACCAUGGUAAUGAGGGCAGGAUAAUGGUUGUGUAUUCUAUGUUGAAUAACCCACCUUCUGAAUGUCCACAAGCCUUCCUACCACAUACAAAGCACAAUUCAGGAACGUAAUGGAAAUUCUGCACCUGCAUGAAUGAGUACAGCUCUGAGAGCACUCAAGAACCACAACAAUAUCCAAAGCAAUUCAGGACAAAUAUAAAAUCAGAAGAGAUAGUAGGAACUGCCGAUGCUGGAGAAUCUGAGAUAAGAAGAUAUUCUGAGAUAAUCUGAAGAAGGAUCUCGACCUGAAACGUCAACUUUCCUGCUCCUCUGAUGCUGCUUGGCCGGCUGUGUUCAUCCAGCCCUACACCUUGUUAUCUGUAUAAAAUCAGAAGCAUUGUUUACUAACAACAGCAAUGCCUUUUGGCUGCAUAACACUCGGUGACAAAAAGGAUUACAAUAACCCCUCGGACGUAACGGACAAAUAUGAUUUGGGACAAACAGUCAAAACGGAGGAAUUCUGUGAAAUAUUCCGAGCAAAAGAGAAAUCUACUGGCAAAAUGUACACUUGCAAGAAGUUUUUGAAGAAAGAUGGAAGAAAAGUUAGGAAGGCUGCGAAGAAUGAAAUCAUGAUUUUAAACAUGGUGAAGCAUCCAAACAUAUUACAGCUGGUCGACGUCUUUGAAACACGCAAGGAAUAUUUCAUUUUCCUGGAACUUGCCACAGGUCGAGAGGUGUUCGAUUGGAUCCUGGACCAAGGCUACUAUUCUGAGAGAGAUACCAGCAAUGUGAUCAGACAAGUAUUGGAGGCUGUGGCGUACCUGCAUUCCCUCAAAAUUGUGCACAGAAAUCUUAAGCUGGAAAAUUUAGUUUACUUCAAUCGUCUAAAAAACUCCAAGAUUGUCAUAAGCGAUUUUCAUCUGGCUAAAUUGGAGAAUGGACUGAUUAAAGAGCCUUGUGGAACACCAGAGUAUCUUGCUCCAGAGGUUGUUGGACGACAGAAAUAUGGACGACCAGUUGACUGCUGGGCCAUUGGAGUGAUCAUGUACAUACUGUUAUCAGGGAAUCCACCUUUUUAUGAUGAAAAUGACGAUGAAGAUUAUGAAAACCAUGACAAGAACUUAUUCCGAAAAAUCCUAGCUGGGGACUAUGAGUUUGAUUCUCCAUACUGGGAUGACAUUUCAGAAGCUGCAAAAGAUUUGGUGAGUCGCUUGAUGGAGGUUGACCAGGACACAAGGAUAACAGCUCAAGAAGCCAUAAACCAUGAAUGGAUUUCAGGAAACGCAGCUUCAGACAAGAACAUCAAGGAUGGUGUCUGUGCUCAAAUUGAGAAAAACUUCGCCAAAGCGAAAUGGAAGGUACUUGAAAAAGCAGUGAGGGUAACGACGAUCAUGAAACGCCUGCGGGCACCUGAGCAAAGUGAGACAGGCAACAAAUCGCCAAUAGCAGCGCCCGCUCCAUCGGGCGAAGCUGAGAACAAGUCAGCGAGCGGCACCGUGGCGUCGCCCAGCCAGGCAGACAACUCCGCGAAGGUCGGCGUGACAGCAGAGACCUCCCCCCGGUGUAACGGAGAGGCAGCCAGUCCCCACAAAUCUGCUGCCGAAGCAUGGGAAGGACAAAAUGGCUGAAACCGUCAUCGCUUGCACAGAGAACUUAUUGUACAAAGUUUUAAAAAAAAGUUUCACAUUUUUAAAAGUUAUGAGUGGAAGGCAUGAUCAAACGGAUCAUACACAUUAACAAGAAAAUUAAAUAAAUUGAAGCAUCAUACAGAUUCAAUAAUUGCCGUAGUUAGUUCCAACAGGGCAUGUGUUAAAAAGUCUGUGAGAUUUUGAAGCAAUAAUUGGCAUGUUUGAAUACUAUCUUGGCCAAAGUGAAUCUAGGAUGAAAAACUUGGAGGGAGUGCUGUAGCCAAAGCUUAAAUCUGCCUGUCAUUUUUUUUUUGCCCACAGUGUAUCCACAUAGUACAUGUCUAGGCUAUUAUUCUUUUCGAUCAUUUUACUUAGGAGGAGAAAAGAACUACUUUAAUUGCAGUUUUUUGUUUAAAACCACAGAUUAUACUUGUUCCCCCUGGGGUGCCCCUGCUCUGGAUUGUAUGGGUGGGUAGAUCUUAUUAGAAUGUUUUAAUAUCAGGCUGUCCUUUCCCUAGGCUCUUGCAGCUCACUUUUCAGUUUCUCACAGAAUCAUAGAAUUAUAAUGGUGCAGAAGGAGGAUGUUCAGUCCAUCGUGGGCAAUGUUCUUCUUCUGACACGGAGUUCUUACGUUUUGGGAAAUGGCAAGGGUCUGCUCGCGAUUUUUAGUCCAGUGAAAUUACGGCCUGGCUAUGCUCAUGACUUCCCAAUCUCCCCAGCCAACCGGCCAGCCCGCUGGUGCUCUUGGUCAGCAUCACACCAGGAGGAUCCCUAAAGUUUCCAGCGUGGGAACUGCGUUGUCAGAAAUGUCAGCCUGGUGAUCCCUACCGCCAAAGCCAUGAACCCAGUUCCAAUGGGCUGCUAAAUCAACAGAGCAUUCCAAAUCCCGCAGCUCCCCUAUCCAGCAGAAUUUUUGUAGCUGUCAGAGCUUUUCACACUGUAUAGCAGAGUUUAGUUUACAUACAUCUCCAUUCCCAGCGAAUAAAUCAGCACAUUUCUUCUGUUAAUUAUAUUAUGCUUCAUUUCGAUGCUCAAUGUAUUCCAUUUAAGACAGAAAUUUGGGGUUCUCAAAUUAGGUUUCCUAUUCAUGUCCAGUAUUGGGGUUGCAGGUGUAACACUUAAUUGGUCACUAUAUGGUCCACAUGUCUCUUUAAACCACGUCCUGCGUUUCAGAUUUGGCAGAAAAAAACGUUGUUGGCAGAUAUUCUAUGAUAGAAAAUGUACAUGUUUUGAAAGCUUUGGGGUGCAGAGGAAGGGCAUUCAGUGUUUCAUAGUGUGAACUUCAUAGGCUGGUAAUGGUAAGCAUUAUUUUAAGCAAAGCUUUUACUUUUGUGUAUAAAUUUCUAGACAGCUUCUUUGGGAAAAUUCCAAAAACUGCCUGUCUGUCGGUGCCCUGGCACAGAUUCAUCAGACACAAAUUAGAAGUCGUUUGAAAUUAUGUAUAUAGCCAGGUGACAAACUACGGAAACUUUCAAAUGACAACAAAAAAAGUUUAAAUAGUUUAAAAAAAGGCUAAAUUUGUAACAAUGUGUAUGUAUUUGGAAAUAUAUUUGUUAAGAGAGUAAACUAUCUGUGGCAGAAAUGUGCAGAGUCUUCUGUGCUGUGAAGAAAAUAAGAUGCACAGAGGAAGGCUGUUGCAUGUGGGCGACUUGUAAUAUGUACAUGUAGUUGCAUGCUUGUAGUUCUCACGCUUAUAUUUUGUCACACAACAUGGUGGGGUUUACAUGGUGUAAUUUCUUGUGCUGUAACAUGUAAAAUAAUCAAGUCAAUUUAAAAAGAUGGUUUGAAAAGUGGUGAAGAUGUUUAGACUGCUAAUUUACGCAACUACAGUUUAAAGAAAAGGUUUUUGACUCUUAAGAAAAUAAAGAAAAUUUUAAAACA